AAUUUAGUAUCAUUCGUUCAUGUCAUUACCCCGUCACUAUGGUCUGAGGUCAACGACCACUGUCGUUCUAGUGUGUGUCGAGUGCAGUCGCACCUACUAAUAUAGUAAAUAAUUAAUAUUGUAAAAUAAUGUAAAAUACAAGUCAUCUCACAUCAAGUCGUUUAAUUUAAUAAACACAACAACAAUACAUGGUGUCAGAAGUGAAAGUAACAACGAAAUAAAGAAGAUUCGUGUGUUAACGGAAAAUUUUAAAAACAAAAUGUCUACCGAAGACGUCGGCGACACGAGGUGCCGUGUGGCCGGUCUGGAGUGUCUUAAGUUGUCGUCGGAGGCAACCGCGAACAACGCGGAGGCGUGGAGGAAAUGGUGGCAGCGACUGGAGCUGUAUCUGCUGGCAUCAGGUCUAGACAGGUCGGAGGAGAAGCGGAAGGUGGCCAUUCUGCUUCACAGUAUUGGCCCUAAAGGUCUCGAAAUCUUCAAUACCUUUAACAUCAGCCUGGAUGAAGCCAAAAUAGAGGACGUCAAGGCCAAAUUCGACCUGUACUUUGAGCCACGUAAGAAUCUUACCAUGUGCAGGUACAUGUUUUUUACAAGGAGGCAAGCUCAAUCUGAGAGCAUCGACGAUUUUAUCACCGAUCUGGAGAUAAAGAGCCAGGAUUGCGAGUUCGGAACCCUGCGCGAGUCCAUGAUCCGGGAUAUUUUCAUCGCCAACCUGCACAUGGAUUUGUCACACAUCCGGCAAAGGCUGUUGCAAGAGCCCAACCUCACCUAUGAGAGGAUGCGAGAGUUGGCGAAAACCCUAAUUGUCGCACAGCAGGAUGCAGACAAGAUGACAAACAAGUCCAUCGUCGAAGACGGCGAGAAGGUGAUGCAACUGCGUCAAAGGAGCGGCGGUCGACGAGUCUGUCGACAGCGUGCUUCAAGUCAAACGCCACAUCGGGCCACGUGGAAGUCUCCCAGUCCGAUGAGGCAGUCAGCAUCAACGUGUGGUCGCUGUGGGCAGUCUCAUCGAACGAAGUGCCCAGCGAUCGGAGUACAAUGCAGGUCAUGUAACUCAUUUGGUCAUUAUGCUAAGUUUUGCUAUAAGAAUAAACAAGUCAGACAGUUGCAUUCAUCAACUUCCACAAAGUCGAUACAAAAUGAUAAUAACUUUGUAGGAAUCUUAAACAGUCAGUCGAGUCAAAAUCAUCUUAGUCAUUCACAUAAACAGUCAUACAGUCAGCCACAACCACAGUCAUACAGUCAGCCACAAAAACAGUCAAAAAGUCAGUCAUAUAGUCAAACACCAGUCAAAUCGCACUCACACACCAGUCAAACAAGUCAAAUUUGUCUAAACAAAAAUAGUCCAAGUCUAGGUAAUCUCCAUGAUGACAAUGCUUAUUGCACUGAGAGAUUACACCGUCAUAAUAAAAACAGUCUUACAAGUCAAAGUCUUAAUAAAAAUAGUCCUAUAAGUCAAAUAAGUCGAAAUAAAAAUAGUCAAAGUGAGCAUCAUUAUCAUUGCUACACUAAUAAAAGUCAGUCCGUCAGUCGUAAGACAAUAAAUAACAAUAAAAACAGUCAUAGUCUAGGUCAAGGACAUGUUAAUUAUAAUAAAUCUAAUAAGAACAGUCAGUCCGUCAAUAAGUCACAUAAUACACACUUCCAAAACAUUCAUCACCACAAGUACACUAAGAAGUCACAUCAUUGUCAGUCAAAUGUAAGUAAUUCAGCAUCAGAAACAAAUAAUCACAACAUGCAUUCAAAUAUACCAAACGUAGCAUCUCAUCUAAAUAAUUUAAAUCAACAAAUUAGUCAUGUCAAGGGUAAUUCAGUUUCAGAAAAUCAUUAUUCAGGUAGUUCAUGGAAAAUAAACUUACAUGUGGGUAACCGAAAAAUAAAUUGUGUCAUAGACUCAGGCGCAGAUGUAAACGUCAUAUCUGUCAAAAACUUCAAAUUUCUUAAUCUGUCAAAGUCACAAAUUGAUAAAUGUCAUGUAAAUGUCACAGGAUUUGGUGGCAAUAACAUUCCAAUUCUAGGCAAAGUAAAUUUAAAAUGUAAUUUAAACAUAGAAAAUAGAAAUAUUUGUGAAAAUAUAGUGUUCAUUGUAGCAAAUAUACUCUGUCCAACUGUCUUAGGUCUUCCCACUUGCGAAAAAUUAGGGUCUUGGAUGUCUACCCCCAGUCUGUCAUCUGAAACUCAAGCCUGGUGCAGUUCCGUGUAUUGAUCCGCCAAGGAAAGUUCCGUUUGCGUUGCAAGGAAAACUGCGCGAGGAAUUGGAUCGCAUGGAGCAAAUGCAAGUCAUACAAAAAGUCACAAAACCAACUGAAUGGGUAAAUUCUGUGGUAGUCACUGUCAAAAGUUCAGGUCAAUUAAGAAUAUGCUUAGAUCCUAGAAACUUAAAUAAUUGUAUAAUGAGAGAACAUUAUCCGUUAAAGUCUAUUGAUGAGAUACGGUCACAGUUAAAAGGUGCUGCAUGUUUUACGCAUCUAGACGCUUUCUCAGGUUUCUGGAUGAUAAAGUUAGAUGAAUAUAGUUCAGAUUUGUGUACUUUCCAAACACCAUUUGGUAGAUACAGGUACUUAAGAUUGCCUUAUGGCAUAAGUGCUUCGUCUGAAAUAUUUCAAAGAAUUAUGAUGAAUUUGUUCGGUGAUUUGGAAGGAGUUUUAAUUUUCAUUGAUGAUAUUUUAGUACAUGGUCCUAAUGAGUCGGUUCAUAAUGAACGACUACAUAAAGUUAUGCAAAGAGCACGUCAAGUUAAUUUAAAAUUUAACAAGUCGAAAUGUAAAUUUCUAGUGUCAGAGGUAUGUUUUCUUGGUUAUGUAUUUAAUAAAGAUGGUGCUAGGGUUGAUCAAGAGAAAGUCAAAGCAAUACUCGAGAUGCCCACACCAACCAAUGUCAAAGAGUUGCAAAGAAUAUUAGGUAUGAUUAAUUACCUAGGUCCAUUCAUCAAGAAUUUGUCAGAAAAAACUCAAAUAUUAAGAAAUCUUUUGAAAAAAGAUUCAGUCUGGAUUUGGGAUGAGAAUCAUGAGAAAUGUCUUAAAAUUUUGAAAGAGGAGAUCACAAGAUCACCAGUCUUAGCUCAUUACAAUCCACAAAUUCCAUUAGUCUUGUCAGUCGAUUCGUCAAAGUCAGCAUUAGGUGCAGUAAUUUUGCAAAAUAAUAAACCUAUUGCAUAUAGUUCUAAAACUCUCACCAUAACCCAGGAAAGAUAUGCUCAAAUUGAGAAAGAAUUGUUAGCAAUACAAUUUGGUUGUGAAAAGUUUCACCAAUAUGUUUACGGUCAUAGAGUAACAGUACAUACCGAUCAUAAACCAUUAGUCUAUUUAUUUAAAAAACCACUUCAUGAUGUACCUGCAAGAUUACAACGUAUGAUGUUAACCUUGCAAAAAUAUGAUUUAGAAGUCAUACAUGUACCUGGUAAAGAAAUGUAUAUAUCAGAUACUUUGUCAAGAGCAGCUAUUCAGGAAAAUUAUGUACCUGAAAAUGAGUCUGAAAUGUCAUGUCAUGUAAAUUUAAUGUAUUCAAAUCUUGCAAUUAGUAAAGAAUAUAGCACAAAAUUAAGUCAGGAAACUAAGAAAGAUGAAAGUUUGCAAUUGUUAAAGAAAUAUUAUUAUGAAGGAUGGCCUAAAAAUAAAAACAAUGUAAGUCCAUUAUUAAAACCAUAUUGGAAUAUUCAAGCUGAAAUUCAUGUAAUUAAAGAUUUAAUAUUUAAAGGUUCAAAAUUAAUUGUUCCUAAGUCAAUGUAUAAAGAAAUGUUAGAUAAAAUACAUAAAGGUCACCAAGGUAUAAAUAAAUGUUUGAAAUUAGCUAGAGAAUCUUUGUAUUGGCCAAAUAUGUCUACAGAUAUAAAAAACAUAGUAGAACAAUGUUUAAUAUGUGCUAAAUUCAAACCAUGUAACCAAAAGGAACCACUACAAAAUUUUGAAAUUUGUAAGUAUCCAUGGCAACAAGUCGGUAUAGAUUUAAUGUAUUUUGAUAAUUUAACUUAUCUAAUUGUCACUGAUUACUACUCAAAAUUUAUAGAAAUUGCUUUGUUAAACAAAGACAGUCGUUCAAGCAAUGUAAUCACACAUUUAAAGUCAAUUUUUGCACGUCAUGGGAUACCAUUAUCUUUAGUGUCUGAUGGUGGUCCACAAUUUCAGUCAGUAGAAUUUAAAAAUUUUCUAAAUGAAUGGGACAUAGAACAUGUAGUCACUAGCCCAUAUCAUUCACAGUCAAAUGGUCAAGCAGAAAGCUCAGUCAAAAUUGUCAAAAAUAUGCUAAGAAAAUGUAAGGAAAAUGGGUCAGAUCCAUACAUAGCAUUAUUGCAUUAUAGAAACACACCUAAGAAUAAUCUGUCGUCACCCGCUCAAUUGUUAAUGUCUAGAACUUUAAGAGAUAACAUACCAGUGUCAUAUAAAAGGUUAAAGCCAAAGGUUGUAAGAUUUAAAGAAUAUGAAAAGUCUGUUGUCAAAAAUAAUUUAAAUAAGUCAAAGUAUUAUAAUAGGAAUACUAAACCAUUGUCUAUGUUACAACCAAAUGAUCAUGUAUAUUUUAAGAGAAAUCCUAAGAGUCAUUGGGAACAUGCCACUGUGAAGGAAAGAUGUCCAGAUAAUAGGUCAUACAUUGUAGAAGAUAUAAAUAAAGUCAGGUAUAGGAGAAAUAGGGUACACUUAAGGCAUAAAUAUUGUAAUGGCAGUGACAACCCUACUCCUAUGAGGUCCAAUUCUUCGCAGGGGAGAGAUGAGGGUGACAGACAGGAGCCGGAGAAUCCAAAAUUCCCACAAUUGUACAAAACUAAGUCAGGUCGUGUUGUGAGACCAACACAAAGGUUAAUCGAUGAAAUAGAUUAAUUUUUUAAUUUAAGAAGGGGGAUGUUACAUCACUAAUUUAGUAUCAUUCGUUCAUGUCAUUACCCCGUCACUAUGGUCUGAGGUCAACGACCACUGUCGUUCUAGUGUGUGUCGAGUGCAGUCGCACCUACUAAUAUAGUAAAUAAUUAAUAUUGUAAAAUAAUGUAAAAUACAAGUCAUCUCACA